UUGCUCUUAGCAACAAUAGGCGUAGACCACGCAUUCUCUACUAUAACACUUGCCAUUUCUUUCUUCUAGAUCCAAUCCCUGUAAUAGUGUAAUUAUGCUAGCCACAACAGACCGUGCCCGAGCAGUGUGGCUCCGUUGCCUGGCCUCGGCGUUCAGGACUGCUCUGGCAUGUACCAUAGUGGGUUGCACCACCCUUUAUGGUCCAGCUGCUGUCCAACACCAUAUAGCCUUCCCUGCAUUCUCUUAUGUGACUGUGAUACUCAUAGUCACUGAUGCAACUUUAGGUGACACUCUUCAUGGUUGCUGGCUAGCACUCUAUGCCACGAUCCAGAGCGUGGGGCCGGCUCUGCUGAGCCUUUGGCUGAUUGGUCCAGGUCGGUUUACAAAUGGCACCAUAUCCUUAGCAGUGGCGCUGGGUGCAUUUGUGGUGGCAUUUCCUGAGGGGACUCAUUUGAUAGCAAAGCGAAUUGCACUGGGUCAGAUUGUUAUCGUGUACGUUAUAGCUUUUAUCAAUGGUGUGGAUACUGAGGCUAUUAUGCAUCCUUUGAAUGUAGCCGCUAGUACCGCUAUUGGAGUCUUAGCUUGUGUUAUUGCCCUGCUCUUACCAUAUCCAAGACUGGCUUGUUGGGAGCUGAAACAAAAUUGUGGAAGGCUAGCUGAAAACGUUUCCGAGAGGCUGAACCUCUAUGUGAAAGCUUUCUGUGCAGAAGACAACGCAUUGGCAUUGACAUCUAUCUCCCAAGCCAAGCCAUUGACUAUUGCUGGUGCCAAACUUCUCCAGAGUAUCAAACGCUACCAAGAAAGCGUGAAAUGGGAGAGGCUUCCAUUGAAGUUUCUGAGAAACUCUUACUUGAAUCCGGGAGAGAGAUUGCAAGAGCUAGAGAUACCAUUGAGAGGGAUGGAAAUAGCUUUAACCAGUACCAGUUCAUUUCCUAUAAGAAUGCUCGAAGCAGAGACCAAACAAGGUCUAGUUCUACUAGAGGAGCAUGUUAGCCUGACCCUAAAACAGAUCAAGAAUUGUUUUCCUAGAGAUUCUUUAACUGUUCCAGAAUCAAAUGCAGACAAAAUAAUCGAGUCCCUUCAAACACUUCAAGCAACGAUCCCAACAAACCACGAAGAUUUGCCCUCUUUUUUCUUCUUAUUUUGCAUAAAACUCCUCCAAAGCAAAUCACUGGCGAAACCAAUCACCUCCAUACAACAAAAAGAAUCAAGCACUCCAUGUCAGAAGAAUGGGUUCUUCAAGAGCAUGUGGAUGAGCAACUGGUCCACGAGUGUAAACUGCAAAAGGCUUAUGCCAGCAUUCAAAUGCUCUCUCUCCUUGGGCCUUGCUGUCCUGUUUGGUUUGAUAUAUAGCAAGAAAGAUAGCUAUUGGUCAGGCCUCCCUGUAGCCAUUAGCAUAGCUGCUGCAAGGGAGGCGACGUUCAAAGUUGCUAAUGUUAAAGCACAAGGGACAGUCUUAGGGACUGUAUAUGGAGUAUUUGGCUGCUUUGUGUUUGAAAGAUACUUGCCAAUAAGGUUUAUCUAUCUCCUUCCUUGGUUCGUCGUUACCAGUUUUCUGAGGCACAGCCAGAUGUAUGGUCAGGCAGGUGGUAUUUCUGCAGUGAUUGGAGCUGUACUAAUAUUGGGCAGGAAAGAUUUUGGCCCACCAAGCGAAUUUGCUAUAGCAAGAAUUGUGGAAACUUUUAUUGGAUUAUCUUGUUCAAUCAUGGUAGACCUUCUCUUGCAACCCACUAGAUCUUGUUCUCUAGCUAAAGUUCAGCUUUCUAAAUGUUUCGGGACAUUGUCUGCUUGCGUUGGCUCAAUGAGCCUUGCAGCCAACAGCAAAACCAACUUGCUAGAGAAACAAAGGAGACUAAAAUUGGAUGUUAGCGAACUAGGGAAGUUCAUUGGAGAAGCUGAGGUGGAGCCCAACUUCUGGUUUUUGCCUUUUCAUAGUGCUUGCUAUUGUAAGUUCUUGGCGUCUUUGUCAAAGUUGGUGGAUCUCUUGCUUUUUAGUGCUGAUGCAGUGGGACUCCUUGAACAAGAAUCACAAAAACUUGGACCUUCCUGGAAGGAGUCUGUAAAUAAACUACACGGUGACGUUGAACUUUUCAAGGAAAUGGCUAGUUCCUUGGUUAAAUAUUUUGAGGAUGUGACAUUGUUGAAAUCGCUAGCAUUUCUUGAAAAGAAACUUGAAAACAAGAACAUCUCUUAUGAUCUUGAAUUGGGAAAAUCUUCAAACUGGAACAUUUUUAAAGCUUCCAGUUUAAAAGACGAUAAGAUAGAUAGCAUCAUCAGCUCUUACCUCGAACAUUCAAAAGAAAUUGUAGACAAGUUUCACGCAGCUGAUCAUGAAGGGGAAAGGGAACUGAAGAGCCAGGUGGUCUUAUGCUUGAGUGCUCUAGGUUUUUGCAUGAGCAACUUAAUAAAAGAGACAAGAGAGAUUGAGAAGGGAAUCGUUGAACUUCUUCAAUGGGAAAACCCUUCAAAACACAUAAAUUUGUACGAGAUUUCAUGUAAAAUCCACGCUCUAAACAAUUGAACAAUAUUGUUACCAAUUGUAUAAAUUUAAUGCAAGAAGCCAAUGCUUCUUACGUCUGUAAUAACUUUGAAAAACAGAUUUCAAGAAUUGAACUUGCCAAGGGAAAGUUGUGCAG